UGCGUGUGUGUGUGUGUGUGUGCGCGUGCGUGUACGUGUGCGUGUACGUGUGCGCACACACACAAAUGUGGAGGUUUUUGUAAGUGAAUGUUUAAUGAAUGUGUGCACAGCACUUGUUCUCACAUACAAGCAGUAUACAUCCCUUCAUCUGCUGUGACAAUCGACACGCAUGUACUGUGGUGUUGAUUGGUUUGGUGUGUGUGUGUGGGGGUGGGUGGUCUCACAGGCAACCCACAUCUGUCUGAACCAUUGUUUUGUUUUGUCAGGAGGUCACAGACAGACGGGUUGACUUCAUGUCUAUGACGUUAAUGGACUGCUGUUUCUGAAAACAAAGGAGCCUUCCAAAAAAUCAAAAUGUACUGAACUGGAAAAACCAAUUGCCCAUAUUUGAGUUCCUUGCUGCUGCUUACAACAUAGUUUCAUGUAGGGCUGCAACUAAUGAUUCUUUUCAUUAUGAAUUAAUCUGCUGACUAUUUUCUUUAUUAAUCAUUUGGACUUCAAAAUAUAGUUUAUAUAAAUCCCAUAAUAUUAUCCUUGGCCCCACAUAAUCAAAUAUCUUGUUUUCUACAACUAACAUUUCAAAACACUAAAAUAUUAAAUUAACUACAAUGUAAGACUAAGAAAAGUAGAGAAUUUUCACGUUCACAGGCCUGGAACCAUCAGUGUUUGGCAUUUUUUUGCUUAAAAAACGAGACCUGAUUAAACGAAUAGUUGCUGAUUAAUUUCCUUUUGAUUGACUAUAAUCGUUGCAGCUCUAGUUUCAUUUGUCUCUUUGAUUGUUUUUUUUAUGUGUUCUUUGUUUCCUGGCCAAGAUGAAAGAUGUAUGUCUGGCUUGGAGCUCUGGCUGUGUUCAGGGUUGUUUAAAUUACCCUUCAUGUUUCAAGCUCAUCAGAGAUUGCAACUUGUAUGGCCUUCAGUUAGUUAAAGGAGUACUCCAUUGACUUUAAUAUUGCGCUUUCUUUAACUUUGCUGACUCACGGGAGGCAUUAAAAUAAAAAGUGGUCUAAAUCGAAGCAGUAGUAUUCAAGAUAUCCUGACUAGUGAGUCCAAUUCCAAAAACCACUGGAUCCUACAUUUCCUCCUUGAAACCCUACCUGCCCAGUUUAUAAUGCAGGCCUCAUGUUAAAAAUUGUGCCGAGCCCAGGAGGAGGCACCCCUGAUGACACCUUUAUAUCAUAUGGCUUAUUAUUUAAGAAUACGGAAAGCUCCACCCAGAGGUGAAUAGCUGAGCUUCAUGUGUGAAAUCUGCAGUGUCCCAUUAAAAGAAAACACCGCUUGGGCUUCAUUCUUAGAAUCCCUUCUAGUUUAACUUUAGAUCACUGACUGAGCAGUAAUAUCACCACUGUGUGAUGAGAAUGAUGACCUCACAACGUGUCAAAAAUGAGAAAGUGAAGUUUAGGUUGUUUUCCACGUAAAUAUAACAAAAGGGCAAUACAUAUUGCAAAUGUAUAAAUCCACACUGAUGGGUUAAAACAAAAAUACUUCAGAGGCCGGUUCAGAUGCUAUAUUUCAUUUCAGUGUCAAUUUCAACACGAUUCACCCAAACACAUCUGCAAUGGGGGGGACAAUUGAUUUAAAGUUGUGAAGGAGAGAUGAAUAUUUGUUUGUAAAAGCACGAGUUGGAGGUUUCUUGCUUGAAUCAUUUAUCGUGUAAAGAUCAGAGGAAUCAACUGUAUGUGGGAAUUGUAGGCCUAUUGUAACUCACGAGUUUUCACAACCUCUGAUUACCAUCUAAUAGAUCCUGCACCGUAGGCGUGUACAUUGCAUUUCUGUGUAACUCAAGAAAACAAAUGCAGUUGCGCAGAGGACGCGGUGCACCAGUGAAGUCUUCGGUGUAACACAAGUGCCGCUGAUUGCUCAGAAAACCCAUUCAAUUAUUCUCUGAAAGCUAAACCGGAUCAGCUGACCCAGCUUGGCAUAAUCCAUUACAUUAGGUUUAUUAUACGAGUUGAUAAUUGAGAUUUUUUUUUUUUUUUUUUUUGGAGAUGCUCAGACCAAGGUUGAACUGUGUUUUUGCUCAACGUCUGUUAGUGUAACUAUUUGCAUUAUGUAUUUGUAAAUAUGACAACGACAGAUCUCUAAUUGUGAAUAAAGGAAGUUUUAUCACAGGAGUCGGAUCAAUCAUGGAGCAGUUUGUGCCCACCGGACGCUCUUUACGCUCUUUAUCAGUGUGCAGGCGGCUUUGUUACGCUAUGUGGUUCGCCUACCUGCUGGUCUACCUCCACUCCGUGAUCGGCUUUCACAGCACCGAUGCCGGUGUGAUGAUGCUGAUUGGCCAGAUAGCGGACGGAGUCUUCACGCCUCUGGUGGGUUAUGGAUCUGACAGAACAGUGUGCGUCUACGGAACCGUUUGUGUUGUCGUGUCUUUCCCCUUCCUUUUCAACCGCUGCCUGGCCUGUAACGACAACGCUCCUCCGCAGGCUCAGAUGCUUUACUACACCCCCUUUGUCCUCAUCUUCCAGCUCGGCUGGGCAGCCACUCAGAUCUCACACCUCUCCCUCAUCCCAGAGCUCGUGUCCAGCGAGAGCGACAAGGUGGAGCUCACUGCGUACAGGCAUGCCUUCACUGUGGUGGCCAACAUCACGGUGUACACUGUGGCCUGGCUCCUCUUCCAGUCUCAGCACAAUGUGGACCCCUCCAUCCCAGACAGCCUGGGCCGAGUGGACAUCCCUCUGUUCCGGACACUAGCCCUCAUUCUACUGGGUACUGGAACUUUGUUCUCCCUAAUAUUCCAUGUCGGCACAAAAGAGGCCAUGUCGGCCUCAGAGAGCGAGAUUCAGCUGAUUACACCUUCCCCCUUGCAGGAUGCUUUGCCUGGUCCUGUGUUUCAGUGGAAGCAUUGGCUGAAGGAGCCUUCCUUCUACCAGGUGACUUUCCUGUACAUGUUCACCCGACUGAUGGUCAACUUAUCUCAGAUCUACAUCUCCGUUUACCUCACAGACUCACUGAUGUUACCAAAGAACUUCAUCGCGAUCAUACCUCUGGUGAUGUAUGUCAGCGGCUUUGUUUGCUCUCCGGCCAUGAAACCAGUCAGCAAGCUCAUAGGAAUCAAUGAUACCUAUUUCGUCGGCCUGUUGUUGGUGUUUGGCUUCGUCACCUGGGUGUUUGUGGACAGGAGCAUGGCAGUUGAGAGGGUCUAUGGAGCAGCCGUGCUGCUGGGAGCCGGCUCGGCUACAAUCCUGGUCAUUUCUCUGUCCAUGACGGCCACACUCAUCGGGGAGCAGACACAAAGUGGAGCCUUUGUUUACGGAUCGAUGAGCCUCACGGACAAGGUGGCUAACGGCGUCGGGGUCGUCUUAAUCCAGAGCAUACGACCAGACAGCAUGGAGGCCUGCGGCCUGGACUGUGUUGGGUUAUAUUGUGACGUCAUGGUUUCGGUAACCGGGGGUGUGGCCGUGGCUGCACCUCUUUGCCUGAUCACUCUUGUAAUCUGGCCAAUCAGGAUACUGAGAAGUUAG